GUUUCAUUGGGGUGGGAGGGAGCAUGUGCAGUUGUUGAGCUGAAGCGUGAAGGCAGUUUCUUUUUCUGCACGCCGUUACAGCAGGCUAGCAAGCUUGUAAGCUUGCACGGUAACUUUAUUUAAAUAGCAAAACUGGUUAGCUGACGCUUGUGUAGUUAUUCGGUGAUACAAAUAAAUCGAUAACUCAUAGCUUGUUAGCGCGACGUUAUAUAGCUAUAGCUGUUUGAAAGCCAGGAAGACUUAUUUCAUAAUUCAGAAAAAAAAAAUCUGGCGAGUGCCAGCUAUUUAUGCUCUCCUGGAGUUUUAAAGACGUUAUCUAGAUUCGAUUAUCAACAGUCAGUGGGUACAGAUCCUUAACUGGCAAGCUAAUAUAGUGAUAAACUUUACUGAGCUAAAUAAAUCCAUCAUACCAUAUAACGUAAUUAACAUACCUAGACUGGUAUCAGGUAACUUUCUGUCGCGCAGCUGUCGUCUAGAUAGCUACAUUUCUGCCAAUUUCACAAACUAGUAUGGCAGGUAGCACCAAUAAGACGGUGCAUGAUAUUUUUCAGUCGAUGGAGUACGGACCAGCUAGUUCCAGCACAGCGACUGCACAGUCCUGGUUGGAGAGUCACUCUCGUUCACUCGGUCUGUUUUUGGAUGGGACGUUUGUCUGCCCGUCCGACAGGCAGACCAGCACUGUAAAUGAUGCUUCAGGCCAGAGGCUGUGGACCGCUGUGUGCGCGGCGGAGGAAGACGUCUCCCUCGCCGCCUCUUCCUCGGUCGGCGGGUUCAAGGUGUGGAACGAGCUCAGCUGCCACCAGCGAGCCAGAGUCUUCCACAGGUUUGUUAGCAGCCUGCAGAGACACGGGCAGUGCCUGACUGAGCUGUGUGAGUUAGCCCAGGCCCCCAGCUCUGUGUCCGCUCUGGUGCGACUGGCCCAGUACUACUCCGGCUGGGCCCAGCUCAAGGACGCCCUCGUUCCCGACUGGACCCCCCGAGGUGUGGUGGCUGUGGCUGUUUCAGAUGACUGCUCCCUGUAUGCCCUCUUGCUGAAAGUCCUGCCAGCAUUAGCAGUGGGAAAUGCGGUCAUCGUAGCAGCUGGCUCUGGAACCGCCCUUCCUGCGCUGUUGACUGCCAGCAUUCUGAGGGAGGCGGGACUUCCUGUCGGGGUCCUGAACGUCCUCACAGGCAAAGACCUGAGCCUCGGGGUUAGGGUGGCCCGGGACCCCAACGUCAGCUGUGUCACUUACACCGGAAAUAAACAGGAUGGUGAGAUUCUGAGCAGGGAGACUGCAGGGUUGGGUGUCCCUCUUUCUCUCUCUCUGUCCACCAGUGCCAUCUGCCCUUUCAUCAUCUUUGAUUCUGCUGAUAUCGACAGCGCUGUGGAUGGUGUGAUAGAGGCAGCCUUUAGAAAGAAAAAAGAUUGGCAGUGGAUACUGUGCGUCCAGGAGUCAGUUUGGGACGGUGUCGUAGCGCGGCUGAAGGUUCGAAUGGCAGGAAUGAAGUGUCUUCCUCUCUUGGCUGAAUCUGAUAGACCUAUUGUGGAUGCUGCAGUACAGGAGGCUCAACAGCAGGGGGCAACUGUGAUCCAGCCUUGCCCCCCGCCCUCCUCCCUCUCCCUGUACCCCCCCACCGUGCUGUGGGGGGUUGCCCCCUCAUGCCCCUGUGUGGUGUCGCCCCCUGCUGGCCCUCUAUUACCCACCCUCUCCUUCAGAACCGCUACAGAGGGGAUCACCAUCGCCAAUCAUAGCCCACACGGGCAGGCCGCCUCCAUCUGGACCGAGGACCUGACCCUGAGCCUUGAGUGCGCCAAGAGUCUGUCCGUCGGCACGGUGUGGGUGAACUCACACUCCGUCUUCGACCCGUCCCUGUGUCUCUCCGGCACGAAGGAGAGCGGGAACUGCGCCAACGGAGGACCGGCGGGUCUGUUUCAGUUCCUCCGUCCGGCUCUCUCUCCUUCCCUGUCUCGCUCCUCUCCUGUGCCUGUCAACUAUGCCAAAUUCGGGACCGACGGGACCCAACCCGCACUACCGGGCGCACCCGAACCUGCGGACCUCGCUCACGACCCGCGCUCCUAUCUCCACUUCGUGGGAGGCCGGCCGUGCAAGGCGGACUCUGGCCGCAGUGUCGCAGUCCUGGCACCAGGUGGCGGCGUGAUCGCGUACUGCCCUGACGGGGGGCGGAAGGACGUACGCAACGCAGUGGAGGCGGCCGCAAAAUCUCAGCCGGGCUGGAAGAAGAGAAGCGCUGUCUCCCGAGCCCAGUCGCUCUAUUCCCUCGCCGAGAGCUUGGAGCUGAAGAGGCGGGACCUGGCCCUGUCACUCCAGGCUCAAACCGGCAUUCUACUGGAGGAGGCGGAAAUGGAGGUGGAUCUCAGCAUUUCUCGGCUCUGCGACUGGGCAGCCCACUGUGACAAAGAAGGGGGAGGAGUGCAGUCUCUCCCCCAGUCUGGCUCCGCCCUCUCUUUCCCAGAGCCAAUGGGAGUGAUGGGCGUGGUCCUCCCAGACAGGAGUCCCCUCCUCUCUUUGGUUUCUUUGCUCGGGGCCACCCUGGCAGCCGGUAACGCCGUGGUCAUGAUACCCAGUGAGAAGUACCCACUUCCUGCCCUAGAGUUUAUCCAGGUCCUACAGUCCUCUGCUAUUCCGGAGGGCGUGGUCAGCAUCAUAACAGGUGGCAGAGACCAGCUGACCCGGGCACUGGCCAAUCACAGUGUCAUACAAGCCAUUUGGUACUGGGGCAGUAAAGAGGGCUGCCAGUACCUGCAGUACACAUGCUGUAGCCCCCUGAAGAGCCUGUGGCUUCACCCAGAGGAAGUGGGGGAUGAGAGAGGGAAGGACGGAGGACAGGACUGGGCUUGUUCUCAUCCCUCUCUCAUGGAGGAGAUGUGGAGGCAGGCCACUCACUGGAAGAGUGUGUGGAUCCCCACUGCCUAGGGAGGGGGCGUGGCCAUGUCGAGUGACAGCAGGCAGGGGCGGGGACACAGGAAGUGUGACCGAAAGAACACGGUUCAUAUUAUUCCCUCAAACAGCCUUAGAAAUGCACCGUAGUUUAAAUAAUCUUACAUCACGGUACAUGAUCAUUCCAAAAUUAAGGUUUUACAAGGCAAUUAAAAAGAGUAGAGUAGUUUAGAAGCGUCUUUCUGCUAUUUGAAGGUCACAUUUGAUAAGGAAAGGGAUUCUGACUGGGACACUAACUUUGUGUCCAAACAGUACUGCAGUUUGUCUGCUACAUCAGUUUCUGUGGCGAUAAACGUCUGAUCAUUAGAGCCAUUCCAAUGGCUUGAGAGAUUGGAUAACUACCUCUGUCAUACACACACACAAUAUUAUUUCCCUCCUUAUCGAAUGUGUUACAUUUAUGUAAUAAAGAGGGAGAAAUUUACUAAUAUAUUAGAAAUUGGUCUGUUCAAAAUAAAGAAAAUUUAGUGUGGACACCGUACAUAAAAUAUAGAAAUCAUGUGACUAUUAACAUUAAAGCUGUUCAUCACUGUAUUUUUAUCAUUACUAACAAAGGCAUUGCUGUGACAAUAUAGCAAUGAUGUGUUGAGCAUCUUCACAUUUUGCCAUGUUUUCUUUGCACACUGUCCUGACUGAGGAUAGCCUUGUUCCAGUAAUAAAGUAAGCAUGAGUUGA